AGCCGCCCGCAGCAAUGCGCUAGAGAGGGGCGGUGGCCGAGCCCUGCUGCCGGCGGCGGCGGCCGCUGCGGCCAUGCCGCUGCACCCCAGGAGCUCGCGGACCCUGCCCGCGAGCCACCCAGACGCAGGCCAGGAGUCGGCGGCCGACCUCGCGGAGCAGUUCGCGUGGUACCCGACGGUCGAGGCGCCCGGGUCGCCGGACUUCCGCGAGGUGCUGUACAGCCACUACAGGGGGGCCUCCCGGGAGAUGCGGGAGAUGCUCACGAGCAUCCUGCACCCGGAGGUCGACGCGUCGCCGCCGGGGCCCAGCGCGGCGACGCCAGUGGCGCAGCCGAGUCCGCCGUCGCCGCGCCCCCGCUUGGCGAGCUGCCGCCGGUGCCCUGGGACAUGUUGUUGCCUCGUGCGCCACAGCAAGAAGCGCCGCUGCGCUACGGCCAUGGUGCCAAGGCACGAGGUGCUCGCUGAGCGAGCCCGCCGCGAGAGCGAGAUCCGCAUCCUCCGUGCCGAGAAGGAGCGCCUCUUUGCCGAGAAGGAACACCUCGCGAGGGAGCUGAAGGAGGCGAAGGCGGCGAAGGACGCCGCUGUUCAGGAAAAGGAGGCCGCUGUUCAGGAGGCGAAGGCGGCGAAGGCUCCGGGGCUCCGCCGCGGCAGCCGCCGUCGGCCCACCCUUGAGCCCCCCGCGAUGAUCGAGUCGGCGCCGCCCCGCCAGGGCAAAGACGAGACGGGCAGCAAGGGCCCAAGCCGAAAGAGGUCGAAGCAGACGAGCCGACGGAUGCCGUAGGCUCUGAGGACACGCGCGCCUCCUCUUCCUCAUCCACGAGCGCGUCCUCCUCUUCGUGGUCUUCCUGCCGAAGCAAUCUGGGUAGAGAUCCCCGCACAGACGUGCACUCUCGAGCGGUCCGCGCGGACAUUUCGGCUCGGUGCCGGCCCCUCCUCCCCGGCGCGCGGAGCGCACCAGGGUCGGCGCUGGAGGCGCCGCCCGGGGGCUCCAGCACAGAGCCCAAGAAAUCCGCGAGGAGCUCCCGAAGGUCAUGCUCCUGCAGUUCUUGUUCCUCCAGGUCCUCUCGUCCGCCUGCGUGGGCGGCCCCCGCCAGCGAGCGUCGGC